UUGAUCCAACAAAAGAUCUAAUGAAUCGAAACUUGAAUGGUGGAAAAAGCAACAAAUACUGUGAAGUGGAAAGCAAAGCUUUCGGCUUUGGGAUGAAAAAGAAAGAGAGGAAGAAGAAGAAGAAGAAGAAGAUCAAAUCUAGGAGACACACACCCACACGGCGCCGGAGAGGGAGAGAGGUGGGGAGAUGGGUGGGGUGACUUCCUCGGUGGCGGCGAAGCUGGCCUUCUUCCCGCCAUCGCCGCCGUUGUACGAGGUGGUGACGGAGCCGGAGUCAGGGGUGGUGCGACUCAGCUGCUUCCCCCACCGCGAGAACGUGGAGGUGCUCCGCCUCCCCACCCGCCGCGGCACGGAGAUCGUCGCCCUGUACGUCCGCAACCCCUUGGCGGCCUCCACCCUCCUCUACUCCCACGGCAACGCCGCGGAUCUCGGCCAGAUGUACGAGCUCUUCGUCGAGCUCAGCAUCCACCUCCGCGUCAACCUUCUGGGGUAUGACUAUUCUGGAUAUGGGCAAUCAUCCGGAAAGCCAAGUGAGCAAAACACAUAUGCCGAUAUAGAGGCUGCUUAUAAGUGCCUUGUCGAGAUCUACAGUGCUAAGGAGGAAGAAAUUGUCCUCUAUGGUCAGUCUGUCGGAAGUGGACCGACGGUGAAUUUGGCUGCCCGACUACCUCACUUAAGAGCUGUCAUAUUGCAUAGCCCUAUACUCUCAGGUUUAAGAGUGAUGUAUCCCGUAAAGCACACAUAUUGGUUUGACAUCUACAAGAAUAUUGACAAAAUAUCAUCGGUCAAUUGUCCUGUGCUGGUAAUUCAUGGAACAUCAGAUGAAGUUGUGGACUUCUCUCAUGGCACAAAGCUUUGGGAAUUAUGUAAUAAGAAGUAUGAACCGCUUUGGCUCAAAGGAGGAAAGCAUUGUGACUUGGAGCUUUUUCCUGAGUACAUCAAACACCUCAAGAAGUUUAUAUCUGCGGUCCAGAAAUCGCCUUCUCAGAGGAGCACCUGGAGAAGAAAUGCAGAUCAAUUUGAGCUAUCGAGGAUGAGCACCAGCCGCUUGGAGCCAUCAAGGAUGAGCUUUGGUCGGAGAGAAAGAUCUAAGCCAAGCACUGCAAAGUCUAAAAGCAAGGAUCAGACGUCUCCCAAUGUGGAAAAGCAGGAGAAGAUGAAGAUAUCAUUUGACAAAACAGAGAAGUCCAGGAGAAGUCUGGAUUGCUUCAGACUUUCCGGGAAGCACGUCGCCGAUCAACCGGAUAGAGGACGUCGGAGCGUCGACAGAUUGGAUAGGAUAUGGGCCGGUUGAAGUCUUAAUUUGUUUGUGGAAUCCAUACAUGGGCUUGAUUGUGUUGGGAGAAGUAUCUGUACAUUUAUUUGUGCUUACCAAUCAUGUAAUCUGUUUGUGGAUGUUUAUAUGGCAAUGAGUGGAUGCUGAAAAGGAAGCCUAGAUGACAAGUGAUUGAUGCUCUUGGCUUAUAAUUUAGCAACAUUUUUAUUCUUGAUGUUUAAGCAGCUUUAACAGGGUGGAAUAAGUGUAGUUGUUCA